CGGGGAUCUUUCUCUUACUUGCAUCUUCCCUCUUUUUGAUCUGUGUUCUCAUACGCGUCUCUUUUCACGCCCCAGCGAAUAUCCUCGGACGAUAGCAUCGAGUCAUCGGUGGUGCCCAUCUGCCUUACCCGUCCAUCCGCCCCCUAGACUCUCCCGAUUGCUGCCGACACUCGGCCAGAAGCCACUGCUCUGUGCGUCGAGUUCGCAGAGCAAAGAGGACAACGACGACUCGGGGACUCCUCUUCUAAUUCAUUUUCCCCUAUAACAGUUCUACUCCUCCUACUAGCGUCAUGGCUCAGAAGCGCCUUAUGCAGGAGCUGCGGUCUCUCCAGAAGGAGAAGUGGGUAGAGAUUACAACGGACGAGACCAAUCUUCUUAAGUGGAGGAUUGGCCUCUGGGUUGUCAAUCCUGAUAGCGUUUGGCAUGGAGCGUUCCUCAAGGCCGAGAUGAGAUUUCCAUCCGACUAUCCCUAUCAGCCACCGGCCUUCAAGUUCCUCACCCCCAACAUCAUCCACCCCAACGUGUAUUCCGACGGAAACCUCUGCAUUUCCAUUCUCCACAAGCCUGGCGAGGACGAGCAGUCCGGCGAACUGGCGAGCGAGCGAUGGAAUGUUCUACACGGAGUUGAAUCUGUUCUCAGAUCCGUUCUUCUUCUCAUGGACGACCCCGAGAUUAAUUCAGCAGCCAACGUCGAUGCCAGCGUUCUCUACCGAGAUAACCGUCCCGAGUAUAAUACUUUGGCCAAGGCUACGGUAGCCGCGACCAAGAAAAACAUCCCGGAGGGUAUGAAGAUGCCCAGCAUGGAGGAAUUGACUCCAGUACCGGUCAAGCCGGUCGAUGACGACGCAGACUUCUGGAAUAUGUCAGAUGAGGAGGAAGACUUUGGAGGAAGCGAUAGCGAAGAAGAUAUGGACGACUUCGAUGACGAAGAGGAGGAAGAGGAUGAGGAUGACAAAUGAGCAUCCCAUCUGAACGCAACAUGACCUUUGGAAAAUGCGCUGUUUCCCCCGCGAAAGAGCAAAUGGCCGGUUGGCUGGCUUGUCCCGGCACGCCAAAAUCGACGGCUUACUUCACCUACUCAACUAGCGGAUCCGUUUUGAUGGCGUUUGGCGGCUUCUUACCUACGUUUGCAUGGAACGGACUGGGAGAGGGUCCGGUGUCAUGGCGUGGCAUCUCUACUCUUGGACCACGGAAGGAUUAC